AUGCGCCACAUUCUCGCCAAUCUUAUGACUAGAAACUAUGCUAACGUCACCGCCACCGCUUCGACAUCGACGAAAGGCCGCACACGUUACACCACUACGACAUCUGGUGUCAGUGAGACUACUAGGAUAACUACGACUUCUUGCUACUUAUUACCGAAGGAUACGGACGUCUGCAGUCCACCGGGUGGAGACAAUGACACACUAGCUCUGGUAGCAGUUGUCUCGGCGAGUGACCACUAUGAGCAUCGCUCGGCCGUGCGAGCCACCUGGGGUGGGGCCUUGACCACCAUGCCAGGCUUCAAAGUUGUCUUCAUGCUUGGCCGUCCUCGCAGCGACACCAUCCAGGAUCGAAUCAUUCAAGAGGACGCCAUGCACGGCGACAUUGUUCAGGGGAACUUCGUUGACAGUUACAAGAAUCUUACUCUAAAGUCCCUGAUGAUGCUACGCUGGGCUAAGAGCUUUUGUCCGCACGCCAGCUACCUGCUUAAAAUCGACGACGACGUGCUGCUAAAUGUAUGGGAUUUCGCCGUCACCCUCUACCGUCUGCCGGCCAACAAACGGCGCCGAACUAUAUGGGGAAUGGUGUGCACUCACUCGAGACCUGCGCGUAGAAGGAAGGGACGUUACGGCAAGUGGUACGUCCCCAGGUGGAUGUACCAGAAGGCGACCUACCCGGACUACGUCAACGGACCAGCUUACCUCAUAUCGGGCGACUCUGUGUCGCUCUUGCUUCACAGCGCGAGCGCCGUGCCGUACUUCUUCAUCGAAGAUGUCUACUUGACGGGCCUGGUGGCAGAGAAGGCCGGCGUUCGGCGCGAGAACGACAGCGGUUACGCGCCCAGCCGCAAGCAUGACAUCCGGCCAUGCCAAAAGCCCCGAGUCGUCGCGAGUCACGGUUGGAGUCCGCGUAACCUGCGGCUGGCCUGGAGAAAAAUGGUUGGCAGGAUCGACAGGAAACGAUGCAGGUCUAUGGGAUUACAGCCUUGGCAGGAGGAUGUAGUUGAAUGA